AUCUGAACUGUCAUUAGAACCACAAAACUAAAAACUGUUGAGUAGUGAAUAUGAAUCAAAAUAAGUUUGGACAAGAAGACGUUUCAUAACAUGACGACGACAUAAUUGGACAGUGAAUUGUGACCAGGCAGAGCGUUGAAACAAGAAUGAAUAGAAAUUUACUUAAGAAAUGAAUAGUGUCAAAACAGAAAGAUGAAAAGGGCUUCGACGAUGCAGAGACAACGAAGACAUUCAGCCAUUGGGAGUUUUCUUCUCACUUUAUAGAUGGCUUUGAACGAGGAGGUUCUUCAGAUAGCGUAAUUCGUGUUCACGAUUUGAUUAAUUAUAAUACUGCUUAUCGGUUUAUUGUUACCUCCUUGUAACCAUGUGGGAUAGUGCUCCUGAACACUCUUGGACAACAGUUGCAUCAAACGACCAGAUGAAUUGAUAUAUGUACGCAGAAGUGGUCAGAUGUGAAUGCUUCUCCUUUGAGAUGUUCGAAGUCUUUGAGCGACAAGAAAACAUUCAUUGCAUCAACACUGACACUAGUAUAGCGAUUAGCAGGGCUAAAAUUAAAGGUGUAGUGGACACGAAUCUCACCAUCUCAACAACCUCCUCGUUCACAGUCAUCUAAAGAGUAAAAAUAAACCUUCGAAAGACUGUAUAUCUUCAUAUUUUCUGCAUUUUCGAAACUCUUGCCAACCAUAUGGAGAAACCUGAAUUGUGCACGCAAAAGAAAACUGUUCAACACCUUCUCCUUUCAGUCUCUGAAAUCACCUCUCCUCCCCCCUUCUGAUAUUAUUCAUUUCUGAAGUCAAAACUUCUAAUCAUUCUUGUUUCAACGCUCUGCCUGGUCACAAUUCACCGUCUAAUUAUGUCGUCGUCAUGUUAUGAAACGUCUUCUUGUCCAAACUUAUUUUGAUUCAUAUUCACUACUCACUAGUUUUUAGUUUUGUGGUUUUCAGUAAUGCGAAAAUUCCUAUUUAGAAAUUUAGUAAAACAAACAAUGACAACGAAGAAAUAUUUCUUCUCAAUUAGUUCCUCAUCAAUCGCUCUAUACUAACACAUGGCAUUUUCAAACGUAAAAUUACAUACGGAUCUAGUGGUGAGGGUUGUUCAAUGAAAGGUUAUCAGUCUCAAAGUAUCAAGAAGGUGAUAAUUGAUCAGCCUUUUCAAAACAUCAGUAAGUUGUUGUUUAGUCACUUCCCCUCUUAUUUUUCUCGUUAGCAAGUUUGUAGAGUUUUUUUUCAUCUGAGAAUAGUACCACCAUUUUGUCAAUAUAGAUAUUUCUGUUCGAAAGUGUUAAUAUCAAAAAACAUUUGUUGCAUCUCAAUUAUUUUAGUUGUUCUGUGUACUCUUCUGUUAAAUAAAUGUAGCCGUUUGAUUUUAUACUGAGGUAAUGAUGGCAGCAAUCUGUAAUGAUCAGUUUAAAGCAUUGAAACUAUUGGUAAUUUUUCCGAUAAAUGGCAUCUGAAAGUGAAAAUCACUACCUAUUUCUGUGAAAUACCAGAUCCUAAACUUUUAUAUAAUCAUUUGGAUUGUUUACCAGAUGAGAGCAGGAACAUUGAUACAAGCAGAAAUUUCAGGUCUGUCUAGGAUAUCCCACAGUCCUUGACCUCAUGUGAUGGGCGUUACUUGCAGUAAGAAGGUCACUGGGCGCGUUUUAACCAGGUGAGAAGCUUUUAAAGUUGAAUCCAUUGACAGACGCUUGGAAAUCGCUGUUGAAUAAAUAAUGAUGUUUCGUCUACGACGUGGAUCCCAUACCCAUUUAUUCAAACUCUACAGUAUUAUUGACAAUGAUCAUAAUUUAUACUGACUAUCUUUUCUCUAUUGACAAAUAUUUGUUAUUCCCUAACAUAUUUACUUUCUCGUAGAUUAUUGUUUUCGCUUUUCAUUUGUACAUUGGGUUCCUAGUCAAACAAAUGGUUUCUGUAGCAUAUCGCCACUUUACUCUCUUCUCUGCAGUCUGUCACCACCUGGCUCCACUGCUGCCCAGAAGAUUUCAUUUCUUCUCUACACCAUCUCCUCCAUGUCACUCACGCCUCGGAUGUUCAACUAGUCGUUUCCUAUUCGAAUUCCAUUGGAAGACCUGACCCAGCCCAUGGUCUUCUCAUUAUAUGUCCAAUCCAGUUCAACUCUACUUUCUUCUGCAUAUUUGUCGGGUGAUCGGUUGUUGGUUGGUUCGUUACCAGGUCAUAGUUCCUUGCAGCUUAUUCUUAUUCUCAUUCUGGCCAUCCGAUCUGAUCUCCAGUAUGCAGCCAGCGUAGGUCGCAGCUGUUCACUAUGUCUGCAGUUCGUUGGAAACGCUUUUCGUAACACACCAACUCUCUCAACAAUCACACAGAAUCACUGAUUUGACUGAAUUAGUGUUGAAAAUCCUCAUCUUGUUCAUGAUUUAUGCUGAGUGUAGUGUAGUGUAAAGUAGUGUAGUGUAGUGCAGUUAAGUGCAGUGCAGUGAAUUGAAGUUCAGUGGAGUGCAGUGUAGUGCAGUGCAGUCGAUCUCCACACUGAUUUCAGAUUGAUGAAGUGUGGCCUGUCCUACUAUCUUGACAAUCCUGACUGUCUGAUUUUGACAUCGUCAUAUGUGCCUGUGUCUGUGUCUGUGCCUGUGUUGGCUGUGGUUGAGAGGAUGCUGCCUGUCUAUGUAGGUAGGUUGGUGAAGGAGACAACUUCCUUUCGAUUUCUCCUGUUGACAGUGAUUGAUAAUGUUGAUUGGUGCUUGUUGUUGCUGUUAUUGUUGUUGGUUGGAUAUCUUGAUCACCUCUGUCUUCUCUACGUUCACCCGAAAGCGGUCUCGUCUUCGCUGUCGCCCUAUCCUACCCUAACUUAGUUGGGUAGAGGGAGAGAUUAAUAACCGUAUCUUCAUUGUUUAUCGAAUCAACACCAAGUAUACAUACAGCAAUCGAAAUGAUUCUGCACUUGUCCCACACAUAUGGAAAAUUCUACUACCCUUGUAAUCACAGAGAAGGAGAGAGAAUUAGGAAUAUAUAAAGUCUGUCUCGAAGUUGUGGAGUCAGUUACCUAAUAUGAAUAUGAACAAUAAAUUGUAUCCGAAACGUUAUCCAGUAAAUGCUACUGUUUCACUGUGUGAUAUUUCUAAUAAACAUACUAAAAUGGAAGAUUUUCACUUGCUAUCAUGUUAGUUCUGUGAACCGAUCCUUGUGUCAUCAAGAAAUAAAUCACUUACACGUUAUAAUACUUAAAUUAUCAAACUUGACUUUCACUGUCAGCUAUCCAAACAAGACGGCUGUCCUUCUAGUUCUAGCAACCGAGACCAAACAAUGUCAGUCUACUUCUGAGUAUUUCCUUUCAAACUACAAGAACUAGUCAAGAUAUAAAUGCCUCAUAACUUCUUUUAAUUAUUUUUGUGUAUUUGUGUUUGCCCGGUUGCCUAAGCUUGAUACAGAAGAUGGAGAUCAGAUGGCCAGAAGGAAUAAGCAACAAGGAACUCUGGCGAAGAACCAACCAACCAACCAAGAAGCUAUUGUUCAACGGAUAUACAGAAGAAACUGGAGUUGGAUUGAAUAUACACUGAGAAAACCAUCUGGAGACAUCAUGAGCCAGGCCCUCGAGUGGAACUCAAAGGGGAGAGGACUAGUUGGGCGUCAGAGAGUGACAUGGAGAAGAUUAUGAGAGGAAGAAAUGAAAGCUUAUAGGCAGUGGUGGAGCCAAGAUCAAAAGACAGCUGAGAGGAGAGUGCAAUGGAGACGUGCGACUGAAGUCCAAUGUUCAACUAGGGGACCCAAGGGACAAAUAAUAAUAAUGUUUGCCCGAGCAUCUUGUUCAUUCAAGCAUCUUCUCACAUAAAUGCAUUUAAUGCUUGGUCUGUAUAUUUCAAAAGGAAUUCCUUGCAAAGACAAACGACAGAUGAAAAGUUGUUCACAAAAUAGAUAAAUAUCAUUCAAAUUUGAGGGGAAAAAGAGAAGAGGAUGGAAAACUCUUAUUAUACAAUCAAUCAACAAGUGUAUUAGACAAGACUUCAGUGAACAUAGUGAAUUAAUCGCAAGGCACGUGUAUAUUUAAGACUGAAGAAAGUGAAUUAAACCUUUACUUUGAUCUUUAAGUAAAACUACUCAUUUCAGACAGAUGAUUAUUGAUUUUUAAAAUUUUGAAAUACCCAUCAAUCAU